ACCCGCGGCGGAAACUAGACAUGCGGCGGGAAGAAUCAAACUCGUGAACUUCGUCAAGUUUUCGUAGCGUAUUUUAUCUUUUGGAGUAUUUAUCCGGUUCAGCGAUAUAUGAGGAAUAUAUUUUGGAUGAAUAUCUUGUUGGCUAACUUUGCGAGAUUUUUUUGUACUCCUGAUCUGCAGAUCUGAUGUUUUGAAGAUAACACCUGAAUCAUGAGACGUUCGGCGGCUCCCUCACAGCUCGCCUCAGCUAGCAAACGGCCAAGGUUUACCCCACCAUUUGCAGGAAACACUACCAGUACUGCACAAAGAUCUGUUCCAAAUUCGUCAACUUCUAAUCCAUCUCUGAUGAACACAGAAGUCUCAACAGGGACAUCAAACGUUCUGCAACUCGUGCAGCAGAAGAAAGAAUCUGCCGAACAGCUGUCCUGUAACGGUCCAAGUUCUCGGACAAAGUUGGAACGACCUCGGGUUAACACUGGUUUUGCUAGUGGUCACUCAGCAGCAGCUAAAGAAAAUUCACAUUCGGGUAAGGUCAGUGGUGCUAAGCUAGUGAGCUGUUUGACUGAUGCUGCAAUACUGCCUUGCUCACUUCCAAACCAACCUUCAGGACCUACAGAACAGAGUUCAAAACUGACAAGCAGCUCUAAUGACGGCGAAAAAGAAUCUUGCCAUAAGACAGUGAACGAUGAGAACAUCUCGUCACCAGAGCAAGCAACGCCGACAACUAGCAACCCCUCCGUGAAGCCGAGAAUCAAUGGCCUCCAUCGUGGCACAUUCAGACAGCCUCUGCUACAGAAACCUCUUCCUUCAAAACCCAUCGCAGAGGAAAGUUUGGAGGAGGCUGCGUCUCACUACUACAAUGUUGUUUGGUGCAAAUUGUCCAAAAAGAAGCACAAGAAAUGGGAAGGCGAUGCCAUUCUGGUUACGAAGGGAAAGUCAGUUACACUUCUAGACACUGAAGGCAAGGAGAUUGGUAAAGGUAGAGGAUAUAAAUCGAGUGAGCUGAGUAGCAUGGCCGAAGGCCACACCUUGUGCAUCGGUGGGAAGGAGAUUGAGGUUAUGGGAGAGAUAAAACAUGAAGAUUUCACCUCCGGUAAAUGCUUCCAGACAACAGCAGCAGUGUCCUCUCUUCCGUCAGACUCCUUCCUAACCAAGCCGCGGCCAGCACCCGCAAAGCCGUUCACAAAUCCUCAGAAAGCAACAUCGUCUGAAAAUAAUGAAGCUGCUAUGACCGUGAAAUCAACACCCAAGCCGUUGCACGACCCCACCCAUCCCGAUGCUCUGGUCAUGCCCCGUCCCUCCCCUGCCCACCAGUGGGCCCACAACCCCGCCCACCACCCUGUAGUGGAUGUGGUCUUGGAUCCAUACUUGUCAUCAAAGCUCAGACCCCAUCAACGAGAGGGAGUUCUCUUCUUGUACGAGUGUGUAAUGGGGAUGCGGGGUUUCCAAGGCAACGGAGCAAUAUUAGCUGAUGACAUGGGACUUGGGAAGACCCUACAGUGUAUUUGUCUCAUAUGGACACUUCUCAAGCAGGGACCAUACCGAGCCAAGCCCGUCGUCAAAAGAAUUUUGGUUGUAACUCCAGGCAGUCUAGUCAAGAAUUGGUGUCGAGAGUUCAAGAAAUGGCUUGGCAAUGAAAGAAUGCGGGUCUUUCCAGUUAGCGCUGACAAGAAAGUACAGGAGUUUGCGAGUAGCCCCAUCUACCCUGUCCUUGUAAUCAGCUAUGAGAUGUUCGUUCGCUCCAUCGAUGACAUCCGAAAGAUCACCUUUGACCUCAUCGUCUGCGACGAGGGGCACCGACUCAAAAACACCAAUAUCAAAACUACAUCACUCAUAUCAAGCCUACCUGUACAAAGAAGAAUUCUACUGACAGGAACACCAGUUCAGAAUGAUCUUCAGGAGUUCCACUCCAUCGUUGAGUUCUGUAACCCUGGCGUGCUAGGAUCCAGCGCCUCUUUUCACCGUGUCUACGAAGACCCAAUCACCAAGGGGAACCAGCCACAGGCAACGGCCGAAGAGAAAACGCUGGCCGCCACAAGAGCAGCAGAGUUGUCAAGACUGACUGGCCUGUUUGUCCUCAGAAGAACACAGGAAAUCAACAACAAGUAUCUGCCCCCGAAAGUGGAAACGGUAGUCUUCUGCAAGCCAAGCCCCCUCCAGCUCCUCUUAUACCAGAAGCUCUUGGGCUCUCGAGUGCUCCGUGGCUGCCUGACCGCAUCCAGUCAGUACGCCGACAGCUCGUCCUCCUCGCCUCACCUGGUCUGCAUCAUGGCUUUGAAGAAGCUGUGCAAUCACCCGGGCCUGUUGCAUCAAGUCUGCUUGGAUGCUGCGAUGGAGCAAAGGGAGACUAGUGCAGCUGAUGAGGGAUUCGUUUUGGAGGAGUCGUUAUACAAGGACUUGCUGCCCCUUUUCCCCGACAUCUUCACAACAGAAAGCCUCAAUGUAGAACAUUCAGGCAAAAUGAAAGUGCUUGCUGAUCUUCUACACUCGAUGCACAAAGAUGAGCUGAAGGAGAAAAUUGUUCUGGUGUCAAAUUAUACACAGACAUUGAGUCUUCUGCAGAAGCUCUGUGAGCAGGAAGGAUACAAAUUCUGUCGUCUGGAUGGAAGUACGCCGACUGCCAAACGACAAGAGAUUGUUGAACACUUCAACAGCUCAUAUGCACAGGAAACUGUGUUUUUAUUGAGCUCCAAAGCUGGAGGCGUCGGCUUAAAUCUGAUUGGUGCGUCCAGGUUGCUACUGUAUGACAUCGACUGGAAUCCAGCCAAUGACCUUCAGGCAAUGGCAAGAGUGUGGAGAGAUGGUCAGAAGAAACGGGUUCACAUCUACAGACUCAUCACAACAGGUACAAUUGAAGAGAAGGUGUAUCAAAGACAAAUCAGCAAGCAGGGUCUAAGCGGAGCUGUCGUGGAUGCAAAGAGCCACGGCCAUGUCAAAUUCUCACUGGAAGAUCUCAGGGAUUUGUUUACCCUACAUGAGAGCACAGCGUGCAUCACCCACGACAUGAUGGACUGUAAAUGUCUGAAGGGGGAAACAGUCACCGAAGCCCCACGGACUGCUCCUAGCAGGGCAUGCCAAAUAGGAGCCAAGAAAAAAAAAGACUUGAAGAAUCUGUCAAUGAACCAACUCAUGGAGUGGAAACAUUUCCCAGGACCGUUAAGCUCAGUUUUUGAGGACGGGCAUUUACUCCCAGCGGGAAGUCUGAUCACAUUUGUGUUCCAGAACAAAACCAACGUCAAGUCAGCUGAUGUCUAAAGCAGAUAAGUCUUAAUACCGACCACGAUUACUAGAUUAUCACAAAUUUACGAGACUACUAUUUCAUUGACGAAACCGAUUUUGUGUGAGGAAAGUCUUAGUCUUAUCACAUGCAUAUUACACCUUGCAUUGGUUUGCCUGCAAAUAGGACAUUUUUUUUUGGCAAAGUACAACGCUGUACCAAUUCCAUUUUGGUGAUAUAAACAUAUAAUUGAAGUUUACAUGUUUUAUACUUCACAAUUACAUACAGUUACUAAAUUUGGCCCGUUUUUCCCAACAGGAAAAUUAUACUCCCAACUAACGGUGUCAUAACAGAACCCUCAUUUACUCCAAAAAAAUGGCCUUCUGACAAGAUACACUCUUACUUACACAUGCAGACAAGAAAAGCUAACUUAAGAACCCAUACAAUCAUCAUACAAUAAAAGGAGAGUUACAAUGUACAUGUAUACAACAAAAAUCGAUAAGUUUUUAACACCAACAUUUAUCAGUUUGCAUAAUUAUAUAAAAUGGAAAAUGUAAUAUUCCAAUUUACAACAAAUUUUAAUUUUAUAUCAGGUUAAAAAACAAUGUCACUCAAUAAAAAAUAAGUUUGGGACUGGUACCUCACCAAGUUUUAUAAUACUUUGUUUUUUGUUUAUUUUGCUGAGUUUAAAAUAUAAGUUUGGGACUGGUAUCUCACCACGUUUUUUAAUUCUUUAUUUUUGUUUUGUUUUGUUUAUUUUCCCGAGUAAAAAAAAAAUAAAUUUUGGACUGGUAUCUCACCAAGAUUUUUAA